UAUUACAGGCGAAGAUGAUGAAUGAAAUUCCCCAAGAUGGCAUAUCUAAAAAACUACUACCUACGAUAAAAAUAGAUUAAGCAUUCAUAAUUUUAAUUAAAAGUAACUACAAUUUAUAGCUAUAAUAGUGAUAAAGUGCACACUAAAUAUAAGCUUCUACUGCUCCCGAAUAGUUCCACCAGUCCGCCAUGAUGGUUUACCCUCGCAACAUGCUGAGUGCCGACUGGUAAAUAAAGCAAUGCCAAAAGAAGCUCGUAAAACGGUUGGUAUGCUUUUGAAAGCAGCAAUGAUAUAACUCACUAAGGGAGAUCAGCGAUGGGAAAGAUACAUGUGGUGUCCUGUAAUGAUGGAGCACAAUGUGCGGCCCAGAAAGUGUUAAUAGGGCGCAGCCUCUGGUGGGUGUUGCAUGCACGGGUAUCAAUGUUGGACCGCAAGGUCACCUUACCCUUGUGCUGGUUAGCACUACAGACGGUGAUGUUUUUGCCUUCGACGUGAAAACGUCCCCAGAUGUUAUGUAUCAGGGACUCGGACGCUUGCUUCAAGCUGUUGAUCUUUUAAAAGUUGUUCACAAUAGUGCACCGCUGGUGGCAAACCUGUACUUCCAGUUUGGCAUCAACAUGCAGAGCGUCUUUGACACUCAGGUGGCGUUCGCUGUUAUUCUGGAAGAUCAAAGUCUGGUUGGAAGACACGUUUCAUUGCCGGCUUUGUGUGACAAGUGUGGUCUCCAUGGUUACCACCCUUCGAUUCAAUUUCAAAAGCUGUUAACGGAGGACUGUAAUGUAUGGGCCCGCAGGCCGCUGACUCGAGAGAUGCUCAACACAGCAGCUGCCAUGGCACUGCCUCUGCCACCUUUGUACACGAAGCUGUCACGGGCCAUGGAAGAGAAGAGCUGGGAGAGGUUCCAAGUGCUAAAUGCUGAUACCUGUCUGAGCCUUAUCAAAGGGCGAUGUCGGGGUGCAGAAAAGGAGCAUCACCACCAGACAGACAAACCUGAUUCUCGACACCAGCUCCCGGUACUGAAACUGUCUCCUGCACAGAAGGUGCUGCUCACAGAUAAAAAGUCUUCUGUGCAGCACUUUUAAAGUCUUCUUAAUUCUUGCUUAGAAGUGAAAACAGAGAUUUUAAGGCCUGCUUUCGGAAAAUAAAAGCUAUUUCUGCUUCUUUUUUUAUGAAUAAACAGAAGUAAAACGGUUAAAA